GGGGCCCCUGUGUCCUUUCCCACACUCAAAAAAGCCUAUAAAAAAGGCAGUGCCCGAGUGAUCGAAUGGCGGACUGACAACUCAUGUCAUCCCCGGGCAAUAGGGGAUCAUGGGGCCCCUGUGUCCUUGCCCAGACUCAAAAAAGCCUAUGAAAAAGGUACCAGGGGCAUCUCAUGGGGCCCCCUACUGACCCCAGGCCCUCGGGCAGUGUUCAAAUUUCCAAAUGGUCAGUCCGCCCCUGGUCUCCACACGAUAUGUCUUAUCAGGAGAUAAGAAGGGGACACUGGAAGAAGAGGAGAAUCAGAGAG